GUCAUGUUUCACUCUUCUGUCUUCUUCUCCUGUUUUUCUUGGCCUUCUUGGAAAACCUUUCAUAAUUGCAGGAGUGAUAACUUUUCAACCAAACAGAUCUUACCCAUUCAUAAUUAGAAAACCAUUAAGUGUGUGCGGCGGGGAUGUUCCAGUAGUUGGGAGAUCUGAAGCUGAAAGGAAACUCCAACACCAUCAAUGGCUAUGACGAUGAGGAAAAGGCAUAAACGUGGGUACAACGACAUAGUGGAUGAAAUGGGUGGAUUGCCAGAUGAAAUUCUUGUUAGUAUAUUGUCUCUGUUGCCGUUAAAGGAAGCAGCAGCUACUAGUAUCCUUUCUAGGCGAUGGCGGCAUCUUUGGACAUCUACCUCGACUCUCACCUUUGAUUCUGAUAUUAUGUUGUAUUUUGACCCAACCAAAAGUUUCAAGUCAGAAACCUCCAAGUACAUCAAUUGGGUGGACAGUGUGAUGGAACAACAUAGAGUCCCGAACAUUGAACACCUCAAGAUCUCGUUUGAUCUAGAUGAAAGUCGUGCAGUUUGCAUUAACAAGUGGAUUCAAAUUGCAUUGAAGAAACGAGUUCAGAUUCUUGAGUUGGACUUGUUAGAAUGGGGUUGCUUUUUUCAACAGGAUAGGCAGUGUUAUAAACUUCCCCGUCGACUUUUACACUCUAAUCGUGAUUACAUUGGCUCCCUCAAAGUCCUUGACUUCAAAUCUGUUGCUGUGGAUGGAAAAAUUCUUGAAUACCUGCUUUCUAGCUGUCCGCUCCUUGAACGAUUAUCAGUUUAUGACUCCCAAAAGUUGGUUAAGCUACGAGUUGUGGGUCUGUCAAUUGCAUUGAAGUAUUUAUCAAUUGAACGAUGUUACAAAAUCAAAAGCAUUGAGAUUUGUGAUGCCCCGAAGCUUGUUUCACUGAUUUAUCAUGGAGAAAGUGGAGGAGAAAACUUAAACUCGUUUCUGAUUAGGAAUGUCCCGCUUCUAGUGGAAGUAUCCAUUCUUGCAGAAUGGAUGGAGAGUUUCUUCAAGGCCGGUUGUCUUUCUCAAUUGGAGAUUCUCAGACUGUACCCUUCAAUGGUUGGUAUAUGUAAUAAGUCUGUUGGUUUUCUUUCGUUUUGUUGGAAUUUGUUAGUCCCUUACUCCUUUUGUUUUCAGCGAUAUGAGAAGUACCUUCAAUUUCCUCCAUUAGCAAAUCUCAAGUACUUGGAAUUAAGAGUUAUAGCACAUGAUCAGUGCAGUCUUCUUCAGUUAACUUCUGUAAUGAAGGCAUGCCCUUACUUGCACAGAUUUGUGUUGCAGUUGAGACACUUUACACCGGCCUUUGGAGGAAGUUUGAUAAAGAUGAAUGCUUCCAAAUCCCCCCACUAUUACCUCAAGGUAGUGGAAAUAGCAGGGUAUCGUGGUCAGACAAGUGAUUAUGAAUAUGUAAAGUACUUCAUAGAGAAUGCGGUUGAGCUGGAGAAACUUAUUAUCAAUCCUGUUAAGUGGACUCCAUAUGUAGCUGACAGAAACAGAAUCCCUAAGAGUAUUAGUGAAGUCAAGAUGGAAGACGAGGCAAGAGCUCAUGCGAGGCAACACGUUAGAGAAAAAGUUCCUUCAAAUAUAGAAUUUGUAUGCAUCUAACAAGUAGGAAGUGCAUGCUUUAUAUUAAACCCUUGAAAUUGUAUUCAAAGUUGGAACCUAUUGGUAAUAUUGAAUAUUAAGGUUUGUUAAAAAAUAAGCUGAAAUUGAGGUUCAAGGAAUAAGAAAUGGACUGGAAUGAAGUGGGCGUUGCUGUUUCUGAAAUUUGAUCAUGGCGGUGUCCGCUGUUGGUGUC